UUUUUUUGUUUUAAUUUGAUCUGAGGUACUGAGAUAUUGCAGGGAACUCGGUUUCGCUUGUGCUUUGAUUGGAAACGAGAAAUGCCACAGGACUUGUCGUCCGUACUAGACCUGGACAAUUCCGACACCGAGUUCAUUGAGGUUGAUCCCACUGGUCGAUACGGUCGGUAUAAAGAGGUGUUAGGAAAAGGUGCUUUCAAGAAAGUAUAUCGAGCAUUUGAUGAGUUGGAGGGAAUUGAAGUAGCUUGGAAUCAGGUUAAGGUAGCAGACCUAUUACAAAACUCCGAAGACUUGGAGCGACUAUAUUCAGAAGUUCAUUUACUCAAGACUUUAAAGCACAAGAACAUAAUUAAGUUUUACAAUUCCUGGAUCGACACAAAAAAUGAGAGUAUUAACUUCAUUACAGAGAUUUUCACCUCUGGAACAUUACGGCAAUACAGGAAGAAACAUAAACAUGUUGAUUUAAGAGCGUUGAAGAAAUGGUCCCGGCAGAUCUUAGAGGGCCUUCUUUAUCUUCAUAGUCAUGACCCACCUGUUAUUCAUCGAGAUUUGAAGUGUGAUAACAUAUUUGUCAAUGGGAAUCAAGGUGAGGUGAAAAUUGGUGACUUAGGCCUGGCUGCAAUUCUUCGCCAGGCUCGUUCAGCUCAUAGUGUCAUUGGUGAGGCUAGUAUUAUCUUUAAUCUUUCCCUCUUGGGAUUAGAUUUAUAAUGUGAACUUUGUUGCUGGGGCCAAUGUUAUUGUUAUUGUUACUUCAGGUACCCAGAGUUCAUGGCACCGGAGCUUUAUGAGGAGGGAUACAAUGAGCUUGUAGACAUUUAUGCCUUUGGCAUGUGCUUGAUUGAAUUAGUGACCUUUGAGUACCCAUAUGUUGAAUGUGCCAAUGCGGCUCAAAUAUAUAAGAAAGUGACAUCGGGAAUAAAGCCAGCAUCAUUGGCAAAAGUCACAGACCCUGCAGUUAAAGCAUUUAUAGAAAAAUGUAUUGCAAAAGUAUCUGAACGCUUGUCUGCUGAGGAACUUUUAAUGGAUCCUUUUUUGCAAUCAGAUGAGGAUCGUGGAAGUUUAGGUUGUUCUCUACGUCCCAAAACCCAUCAUUCAGAAGGCAGUCAUGAUCACCUCGAUAUUGGUAAAAGUGCUAAGGAUCCAUCUGUUGAGACAAGUAGAGAUUUCACAGUUCAAGGUCAACGGAAAGAUGGUAACACGAUAUUUCUGAAACUACGAAUAGCAGACUCCUCAGGUCUUUAUCGCAAUAUCCACUUCCCAUUUGAUAUUGAGGCAGACACUGCAAUUUCUGUUGCUAGUGAAAUGGUCGAGGAGUUGGACCUAACGGAUCAAGAUGUUUCAGCAAUCGCUGAAAUGAUUGACUCAGAAAUCCGGUCACACAUUCCAGAUUGGACAGCAAGAGCACUCUUUGGAGAUAGUUAUGGUGGAGAAGGUGCAAGUCCUGAUAGCUGUACCUCUGAAGCCAAGGAUGAUGCUUCUCCCCUCAUGAAUGAGCCUACUACCCCUUCUAGUGGUUUUGCACUGGAAAGAUUGCCUUCGGGUCAUAAGUAUUGGUCUGAUUCGCCCAAGGCACCUGGUGGAACCUCACCGGUACAGUCUAGCCCUUUAAACUUGCCUUCUCAGGUUGAUUCAGUUGCUGGUGGGGCUAGCUUGACUGGAGAUAAUGAAAAAUCUCCUGGUCACGAUGAAGACCUGGAUAAUCCUUAUUUUGGUGCUAUACUUGAACAACCUGAGAACGAGUUUGUUUCUGAUGAUGAUGGUAAUAGCGAAGAGACCACACCUAAUUUACUUGUUGACGUGCAAUUUGGCAAGAAAACCAGUGAAGAUGCAGAUUCGCAUUCUAGCAAUGGAGGCUAUCCCCUUGAAGAAAACUAUUUUGAAUCAGAAGCUGUCAAGAUACUUUCCGGGAAACUUGAGAAUCUGCUAAAUCAGCAGCAAGAUGAGCUAAAUGAAUUAAAGAGGAAGCAUGAACUCGCCAUAGCAGAACUUUUAAAGGGACUUCCUCCAGAUAUCUAUCAAAAGGUCUUAAGUAACUGUAAGCAGAACAGUUCUGACUAUAAAAUGCACACUGAGGCCCUAUAAAAAUUGGAAGUGGUGUUGCCUCACUUCUCCAACUUCCCAUACGUUGGUAAUUUUUCUAAUCCACUAAUUUUUCCCAGAAAGGGAAACUUAUCUACUCAUCUUGGAAGGGCUGAAUAUAGUCUGUAAAGCUCAAUUAUGUUUCGCAUGCUUGUGCUAUAUUCUGUGAAGCUCAAAGACUUUUCACACGAUUAAGGUGGGGAGCAUGACUACAGAGAUGUAAAUCAUGCUACUGUAUGCAUCUUUAACAGAGAUUUUGCCUGUAUUUAAGGAGAAUGCCAAACAGAAAUAUCGGUGCUGGUGCUGUAUGAUAGUCAUGCAUGUUGAAGAAUUGUACUUUCUAGAGUAACUCAGGAUGGGCUGAGCUCAAGGGAUUGAUCCAGCACAAUUUCCUUUUCACUCACAUUAGGUGAUCCUGCUGAGGUGAGCAGCUCAGAUAAGCCCUAUAUCUGUAUACUAUAAGUCUGCAUAUGCUUAAAGAAAUCUACUCAUCAUUCAUUCAUUCUACCUUUAGUUUGAUACGACUAAUCAGUAAUUUACAGGUUUUAUACUUGCAUAUACGAUUCAUUUUGUUUCGAUUUUAUUAGUCUGAUUGCUUCAGAUUUCAGAAUGCCGUCUGUUUAGGCAUUUAGUCAUACAAACGUUUUGGGUUUCUUGUUCAUGAUUCAUUGCAGUGUCAAAGUAAGGUUAUGGGAAUGUGUGGCCCCUUAUUUGCUUAUCAAUUGUGAAUGUAUCUUUCUUA